AUGGAGGACUUUCAAGUCAUCGGCGAUUACAUUGCCGAGAACACCUGCCUGAUGCACCUGCUUUUAGACAAUACUGCGGCCUACAUCGUUGGUGAAGACACACCAAUCUCAGAGCUGAUCGAGAAGCUGGCCUUCAACUCUGCUUUGAGGAGCCUGAGCAUCUGUACAAAUCGCAUCGACUCCCGUGCCGCACUGGUCAUCGAGGACUCGCUGGAGGGUCACCCGAUGCUGUCGCGGCUGCGAAGCAUCCUUCGACUGCUCUGCCGGAAAGAGUCCAGCAUGUCCCGAUGCAAGUCAGGGGACGAGAAGACGAAGAGUACGGAAACGCACACGAAGGUUUUCUCCUUCACCAACCCAGGGGGCAAAUACAUCCUUGACCUCGGAAUUCCUUACGACCGAAGCUUAUGCAGGAUGCUUUACGAGACUGCCGAGCGCUUCAACUUGGAGCACAACAAGGCGUUCGUCAACAUCAAUCACUCCCACCCACCCUAUCACCACCCUGUCCGAGACAGCAUCGGGCAGUACAAGGUGCGGCGUGAAGGCAUCCUCACCUUCACUUUCAACGUGGAGUCUGCUAUUGCCGCGGCCUGGUCGAGCGUCGCGGAUGAUGAUUUCAUCGGCUUUCUGAACAGCCACUUGGCCAUGAUGCGCUUCGAGCCGCACAAGCGAAAGCUGCGACCGAAAGCGAUCUCCGGAAUGCAUGCGGAGCAAGAGACCUUCUUGACGGCUUUAGCAUCCGAUUUCAACAUGGAGGUCCCGUAUUUGGAGUACAUGGUCCAGGCCUGCCCAGAGGCCAGCAAUGAAAUACUCUUCCGGCUGAUCCCGAGCCUCAAGCGCGACGGCUGCUCCACAUUCCUGGCGAUGUCGCUCUUCCCGCGGGUCGAAGAUCUAUUGGAGACCCAGUGGAGGAUGGAGAGCUUCCUACUCUUCAACCCGCAGAAUCCUACGGGUCGAUACAAGCUCAAGCUGGAAAACAGCACUGACUUCGCCGUAGCCCAGCAGCUGCUCUUGCUGGACCGAUGGGAGUCGGUGGUAAACCGACGACACAACCGUGGUGAUGUCUCACAGCGUGGAAACCGCUCUCAGCUCCGAAACGAGCUCUACCAGGGCCGAGCUCUCCACCUUUCCGUGAAACUCUUGACGGAGUGGGCCAUGCCGGAGUUUGGCGAGUUCGAGUGCGACUAUGCCACCAGCUACCAUCCGAAGCAAGGUUCCAAGCCGCUGAGCGACACUCUCUGGGAGUCGGUCAUGAUGGCCAUCUAUGACUCGCCUUGCCGCCCGGAAGACCAGCUGAAGGUGUUGAAGAUCAUCUCGCAUCAGAUUUUCUUAAGCUCUCUGCACAUUCGGCAGAUGGUCGGCUUCUUCCGUAAGGACGAGGAUCGCGAGGAGGCCUUGGUGAUGUUUUGGCCAAGGGUCAUCGACAAGUACAACGCGAAAGUCUUCAGGGUCCGGUUCGAAAAGAAGGAAGAUGUAGAGCGUUUGGGCUACAUCACUUUCUUCCCAUACUUUCAGCCCGAGAACGCCGUGUUCCGGUUCAACAUGGCUGUGUACGAGCAGCGAGUUUCUGCUUGCCUCUUCGUCCAGCUAAUGCUUCGUGAGAUGCCGGGGAACAUCAAGGAGAGCUGUGGUGGGCCUAGCGACGAGCAAAGCUGUGCAGCGAAGCAAGCUUUUCGUCCUGGGAAGGAUCCGACCUACGAGAAACCGGACGGCGCGGCUGAGGCUUUCAAGCACCUAAUGAUUCACGAGCCUUCAUCCCAGUGUGGGGGUCUGAUGGGUAGGUACAUUCUUGAUGGCAAUGAUUGCUUCGACUGCUCUUGUACUUUGGACCCCAUGGCGAUGGGAGUACCCAGAUCCUGGGCCGCUUUACGUCCGGCCAUGUUCAACACGGAUUGCUGCUGCCAAGCUGAGGGCAACGAAGUGGUAGAGGUUGUCUGGAGCGAGAACCCAAAGUUCUUUCGAGGGACAGACAGGAGCUCCUACACACCGCUCUUCGGCGCCGUUCUCGGCAGCAAUUUGGACGAAAAUCCUGUGCCACGGACUGCCCCGUCCGAGUCGACGGCGCCUGUGGCCCCUUUACAUCGGAUAGAGGCAAGAAGCGAGCCCUCGACGAAGCAGUGGGGCCCGCCUGUGCCCGUUUUUGAUGAGGAGGCAGAGGCAGCGCUUCAACCUCCAGUGUUUUCACGGCCUGAAACCCCCGUUGCUGCGUGGUCAUACCAUGACAGUCCGAAAGAAGCCACGCCAGAGUUGCCAGCGGACUUUAGCACGGCGUCGCGGGCUGAUACAACGGAGCGGCAUGCGAUGCCGCAGGAGGGGACUUUUCUCGUCAACCUUCAAAAGCUUGAUGGUGACGACAUCGGCUUAGAGUUCGACACUAUGGACUCGAAGGUUUUGCUCGUCAGCCAAGUACGUAGAAGUGGCCUCGCCACCCGCUGGAAUGCCACAGCUUCGGAGGAGUCGCAGAUUCGGCAGUUUGAUCGGCUGCUGGAAGUCAAUGGCUGCGGCCUCCUUCCGUCGGUGGACCUUGUGGACAUGUUGCAGGACUGCGAUGCCGACAUCCAGCUGCGAUUUGAGCAUCCAGACGUCAGAGAAUUUAGCAUCACCCCUGAUGGCCGUAAGCUGGGCCUUGGGCUUGAGAUGAGCAAGAUGACACCUAGUUUGCGAGUCAGGAAGUUGGACCCGGCAGGUGCGGUGCAUCUGAGAUGUUCAGAGGACAAUGCCCCGCACAUGAAGCCCCAUGACAGGAUAGUCCAGGUGAAUGAGGAGAGUGACAACGUGGCGCGAAUGGCUAAACAGAUGGUGAGCCGUGAGGUCAGCUUCAAAAUUUACCGGUAUACACUGGAGAUGGAGAGCGUGAUACAAGCAAUCUGA